AUGCCUAUGCAAUACAAGCCAUCAGCUGAAGGAAAAGAGGUCAGACCACCACAAAUCCCAUCCCCAGGUAACAACUCUUUCUUGGGAGACAUUUUCACUUCUGACGCUCCAAAGGAACAGCAAAUUUCCUGUGGCUUUUACAAGCAGGAGGCGGGGGAGCCAUUGGUCUACAAGUAUGACUACGAUGAGAUGAAGAUCGUUUUGGAAGUGGAAGGCGAGUACACUUUUACUGACGAGACCGGAUACAAAGUUUCUGUCAAGCCAGGAGACGUCUUUUACUUCCCAAAGGGCACGACGAUCACCUUCGAGACCACUGGCUAUGGUUACGCUUUCUUCACAGGUUUGAGACCAAAUGGCACUGCUUAA